GGAGGGUGCCCCUACAAAUCCCGGGGGCUAGAGCAGGCCAGGUCAUCUUUGGGUGGUGGAGUGCAAAGGAGGCGACCUGCAACAGAGGAGUCCCGGUCACCAGCAACCAUGACGGACCAGCAGGCUGAGGCCAGGUCCUACCUCAGCGAAGAGAUGAUCGCUGAGUUCAAGGCUGCCUUUGACAUGUUUGAUGCUGAUGGUGGUGGGGACAUCAGCGUCAAGGAGUUGGGCACGGUGAUGAGGAUGCUGGGCCAGACACCCACCAAGGAGGAGCUGGACGCCAUCAUCGAGGAGGUGGAUGAGGACGGCAGCGGCACCAUCGACUUCGAGGAGUUCUUGGUCAUGAUGGUGCGCCAGAUGAAAGAGGACGCGAAAGGGAAGAGCGAGGAGGAGCUGGCCGAGUGCUUCCGCAUCUUCGACAGGAAUGCAGACGGCUACAUCGACCCGGAGGAGCUGGCUGAGAUUUUCAGGGCCUCCGGGGAGCACGUGACGGACGAGGAGAUCGAAUCUCUGAUGAAAGACGGCGACAAGAACAACGACGGCCGCAUUGACUUCGACGAGUUCCUGAAGAUGAUGGAGGGCGUGCAGUAAGGAGUGGACAGUCGCCUCUACCAAGAUCGCUGUCCCUAGGGUGUGGGAGACUCCGCCCUGCCGGGUCCCCACCAGGGAGGCGCGGCCCCUUGUGGGUCUUUGUCUGGAAGGAAUAAAAGCAAAUGUUCCAAAA